GCAGGUCGAUCUCUGCGCAGUCUGCAAGAUGAAGGUUCUCGCGUUUCUGCUUCUUCCGGCCGUCCUCUCGAUGCCCACCCCAGAGGAGCCGGCAUCCCGUCAUCACAGCACAUACAAAAUUUGUGUACCGAAAGAUGCCCUGGGGGCUUGUCAGACUAUGGCGUCUGAAAGCGAACUUCACAUGACCUGCGUCGCCGCUCGCGACAGGCUGGACUGCUUGGAGAAGAUCCAGCAUCGGGAGGCCGACUUCGAGCCAGUGGAUCCAGAGGACAUGUACAUUGCAUCUAAGAUAGCUCAUCAAGACUUCAUGAUAUUCAAAGAAAUCCGAACCAAGGAGGAACCUGAAGAGGAGUUCCGUUACGAAGCUGUAGCCGUCGUUCAUAACAACCUGUCCAUCAGCAGUCUGCAGGGUCUGAGGGGACUGAAGUCUUGUCAUACCGGAGUCGGCAGGAAUGUGGGAUACAAAAUUCCCAUCACCAAGCUCAGGAAGCUGGGAAUUCUGACUUCUCUCAACAAUCCUGAUCUAACUCCGCGUGAGAACGAGCUUCGUGCCCUGUCUGAGUUGUUCAGCCAGGCCUGCCUCGUCGGCAGUUGGUCCGCAGAUCCAGUCCAGAACCAAGCACUUAAGGUCCGGUAUUCAAAUCUGUGCGCCCUCUGUGAGCACCCGGAUGUAUGCGACUAUCCGGACUACUAUUCAGGGUACGACGGCGCUCUCAGAUGCCUCUCCGAACACGGUGGAGAUGUUGCCUGGACCAAGGUGUACUACGUCAAGAAGCAUUUCGGGCUGCCGAUCGGAGCCGGACAGGCAGUGCCCACUGGUGAGGACCCCAACAACUUCGCUUUCCUCUGCCCUGAUGCGACCAAGAAACCUAUAACAGGCAAACCGUGCAUUUGGGCUGCCCGCCCUUGGCAGGGUUACAUAGCUAAUGGUGAUCUGGGCAGCGAUGUGCCUGACCUGCGCGCGCAGAUCUCCCUGGCCAACAACAUUGGAGAAAACGAGAAGGCAGACUGGCUGAGCAAGGUGUUGGACCUCAACAAUAAGACUGUGGCAGUCGACAACCAGGGACCUUAUUCUCCUCAGGACUACCUCAACAAGGCCAACUACACGGACGUGAUAGAGCGCGACAGUGGCGCCCCACAGCGCCCCGUCCGUUUCUGCGUCACGUCUAGCACUGAGCUCGCCAAGUGCAGGAUUCUAAAGCAGGCCGCCUUCUCUCGCGACAUCCGGCCCGCCUUCGACUGCGUCCAGGAGACGACGCUACACGACUGUCUGAAGACGGUGCGUGACGACGGUGCCGACGUCAUCACGCUGGACGGCGGGGAAGUGUCUACAGCCCAGAGGGAGUAUAACCUGAGGCCCAUAAUUGCUGAGCAAUAUGGCGAACACGGGGCCUUGUACUAUGCCGUGGCAGUAGUGAAGAAGUCCUCUACUUACCAAUCCAUUGACGAUCUCCGAGGGGCCAAGUCAUGUCAUACAGGGUAUGGACGGACGGCUGGCUGGAAUGUGCCCCUGUACACGCUGCUUCACAAGGGGCUCAUCAGCAGGAACAGCUGCCCAUAUUCCAGGGCGCUUUCUGAAUUCUUCUCGGGCGGCAGCUGCGUGCCUGGUGCUCUAGCCCCGGAGAACAACCCCACUGAGGACAACCCGGAGCUCCUCUGCAGUAUCUGUGCUGGGAACUUGGACUCUUCAGAUAGCGCCACGGCGCAAGCUUUGCGAUGCUCUGCCAGCAACAACGAGUCUUACUUCGGCUACACCGGAGCCUUCCGGUGCUUGGCUUCUGGUUCCGGUGAUGUUGCCUUCGUGAAGCACACAACCGUUUCAGAAAACACAGACGGCCGUAACAGCGCCUCCUGGGCUGUAAAUCUGAGAUCUGAGGACUUCGAGCUCCUGUGUCCUGAUGGACGGCGAGCUCCCGUCGACCAGUAUAGCCAGUGUCACCUGGCAGAGGUGCCCCCGCACAUGGUGGUAACGAGCAAUGAGAAGUCAGAAAUAGCACUUAACGAAAUUCGUGACGCCAUCCUCUCUGCUGGGAAACUCUACAGCAAGCGACCGGACCUCUUCAGACUGUUCGGGGACUUUGAUGGCACUAAGGAUCUCCUUUUCAAGAACUCCGCUACUGGACUGUUGUCAUUGGAAUCGGGGUCUCCAGUCAUGCAGCGGUACUCGGAAAUCUUAGAAGUAAUCAAGGCAUGUGAAAACCAGCCGAGCUCCUAAAGGAGGAACGGAACGUUGUAGACCCACCAUAUUGACUGCCAGAGCCAUCUAACCACAACACACACAAAUUAUUAUGUACAUGAAAUAAAUGUAGAAGAAAAUACUAAUUCUCUUUCCUUAUCAGAAUUUCUGGUGGUAAAAUAAAAGUGGAGCUGAGCCCUUCUGAAGGA